AUGUAUAUGCAUAAGAAAAAACCAAGUGGUUCCGAGUUUUUUAAUAUUCGAUCUCUGUGUUCAGAGUCAGAUAAAGCUUCGGCUGCUGUUGAUGUUUAUACUUUUACUGGGUGCGAUUCUGUAGAAGCGUUCUUUGGUUUGGGGAAGCUCACUGCAAUGAAACGUAUCCUUCAGUCAGAUAAUGUCAGUUAUUAUCAGACAAUACAGCAACUUGGUUCUAGUGACGAAUUUUUAGAACAGCUUCUUCUUGAUCUCGAGUUACUAACAAUUAGGGUUAUAUAUAACGAUCCCGUAAGCGAAACGUUGGCUCAUGCUAGGACACUCGAAACGUUUAGUUCCUACAAAUUUUGGGUGGAAAGCAGAAGAGACCGGAUUGCGGCCUGUUACAGAUCCUACUUUACCUACGGUUGCCCAAAAGUUUCUCCAAUAAGUAAUGAGGAGGUAGAAGAACAAGAAGCCGAUGAACCAAUAACUGUGAAUGAUUCGGUAGUUGAGGACAGCGACAUGGAUAAGGAGGUGGAAGAACAAGAAGGUGAUGAACCAAUCAUUGUGAAUGAUUCAGCAGUGGAAGAUAGCGACACGGAUGAUGAAUAA